AUGACAGAAAAAAUUUUUGAUGAAUUUUUAUUUUUAUUUAAAAGAACAAGUUCAGAUGUUAAUCAACGUGUAGAAAAUUAUUCACUUCUUUUUCAAUGUGCUAUAUCAACAAACGAACAAUAUGUUAAAAAAGUUCGGGAAUGGAUUGAAAAAAGAUUUACUAAUGAACAAUUAAUUGUUAUUGAAUAUUUCUUAGAUCAAUUAAAGUCAUCUAACAUGCGAUUUAAUUUAGAAAUUUUACCAAAUAAUAUUGAUUCAAUUCAAACUAUUAUUGAUAUUGCUAUUAAUCGUUUACCACAAUCAACAAAUGCUUUAGAAAUUAUUUUUUCUUAUGGAAUAUAUUUACUUCAAUCUGUUGAACAUCAUCGAAAUAAACAACAAAAACAUAUAAUUCAACAAUUCGCGAAGAAAAUUAUCAAAUAG